CCCCGGACUCCUUGGUAGUCUGCUAGUGGGAGAUCUUCGUCACCCAUUUUCACUUCCUCAGUUUUCGCCGACCACUUCAAGGACUAAAUAUGCGUGAGUGCAUCUCCAUCCACGUUGGCCAGGCUGGUGUCCAGAUCGGCAAUGCCUGCUGGGAGCUCUACUGCCUGGAACAUGGCAUCCAGCCUGAUGGCCAGAUGCCAAGUGACAAGACCAUUGGGGGAGGAGAUGACUCCUUCAACACCUUCUUCAGUGAGACAGGAGCUGGCAAGCACGUGCCCCGGGCAGUGUUCGUAGACCUGGAACCCACAGUCAUCGAUGAAGUUCGCACUGGCACCUACCGCCAGCUCUUCCACCCUGAGCAGCUCAUCACAGGCAAGGAGGACGCUGCCAAUAACUAUGCCCGUGGCCACUACACCAUUGGCAAGGAGAUCAUUGACCUUGUCUUGGACAGGAUUCGCAAGCUGGCCGACCAGUGCACGGGUCUCCAGGGCUUCUUGGUUUUCCACAGCUUUGGUGGGGGAACUGGCUCUGGCUUCACCUCCCUGCUGAUGGAGCGGCUCUCCGUGGAUUACGGAAAGAAGUCCAAGCUAGAAUUCUCCAUUUACCCAGCCCCCCAGGUUUCCACUGCUGUGGUCGAGCCCUACAAUUCCAUCCUCACCACCCAUACCACCCUGGAGCACUCUGAUUGUGCCUUCAUGGUAGACAAUGAGGCCAUCUAUGACAUCUGUCGUAGAAACCUCGACAUUGAGCGCCCAACCUACACCAACCUUAACCGCCUUAUUAGCCAGAUUGUGUCUUCCAUCACUGCUUCCCUCAGAUUUGAUGGGGCCCUGAAUGUUGAUCUGACAGAAUUCCAGACCAAC